AACAUAACUCAGCCUUAUUGAGGGCUCAGUGUGCUUCUGAGGGAAAAACAUCAGAAAAUUAUUAGGAAAUUAUGGUAUGAAGUUUCUUUAUAGCAUUUUUAGCUUUGAAAUGAUGAUGAAAAUAUUAUUCAGUCGCACUUGGGCACUUCAGCUUAUCUAGUUUCGAUAUCAGCAUUCAUUUGCUUCAUUUGUUUUAAUGCUGCAAUGUUCAUUUUCUUGAGACUUAGACCAAAGUUGUCAGGUGGGGCCUCUGUGGAUGGCACUUGUUUUUCCAACACGUCCUGCAAAUGUUCGAUCAGACUGAGAUCUGGCGAUUUUAGAAGUUAAGUCAACACCUUGAACUCUUGGUCAUGUUCCUCAAACCAUUCCGAAACUAUUCUCGCAGAAAAGACAUUCAUUCUGCCCAACACUCAUAAAACCUUACACAGGUGACUAUUUGAUGCUAUUAGAGCUCAUUAUUAAUGUGAAUUUUGGACUUAAAUAUGAAUAAAAAUCCCUCAAUGACAUUUGACACUUAUAAACCAAAAAGUGCAUGCUGUUGUAUAGUCAUCAAUUUUUCCUACAAACAUUCUUAAAAUAAGCUAGUAAGAUUGUUUUAUUGUACUAGUAGAAACAGUUUUCUCUUGUUAGAUGUGCUGCUGAUUCAUCCAGUUAACUCUAAUUCCACUUUUGUUUGAAAACGUUGAGUUGUGUAGGAUCUUGUGGAGAGAAUGCACUGAUUUGCCUGUAGAUGAAGUCCUUGUGUCUGAUUGGCUGUUUGUGCUCUGACAUAUGACUGAUCAUGUGAUCACCUAACCGCAGCUCUUACAGUUUCUGCUACACGUCACUGUAAGUAGAAUUUACAAGCUUAAACGUGUGAUUUAUUCUUGCCUUUUACCAAGACUGCAUUUUUGAGGUUUAUUCUUAUAACUAACAAUAAAUCCAGGCCCUGAUCUGCACACUAAAACAGCCAAGUGUUGUCUCCAUCCGAAUGUUUAUGGAUUCUUUGUAAAGUCUUCUGAACCACCAGCUGCAUGUCUGUUGUUGGCGAGCUGAGUCUUGUUCUCUGGCUCAGGUUUAUAUAACUCCACAGAGGCAGAGCAGAGCAGGGGAAGGCUGUGGUUCGCUGAUAUGACUGUUGAGCAGUGACUCGUGCUGUUAUUGUAAUCGCCAAUGCUCACGUUAUUCACCCUCUGUUGUGUGCCUCGCUGCUUCCUCCUUUCCUCGUUCCCUGCCGCUCCCAUCUCACAAUCUCUAACUGUUUGGAAUUGUUCUCCUGCUCAACCUGAAGUUUUCACAUCAGUAGCAUGAAAUGCAUUUUUUUUUAUUCUAGUUUCUCUAUCUCAAGAUUCUGAAUGUGAAGCCUGUACAGGAAACUAACUCGUGAGCACUUGAAUGCACAAGGAAACGAGUAGCACUGUUGAGGCAAACAGGAGACAGACUGAUGAGCAACAUGCAAAAAACACACACUGAUUGUGCCAAAAACUGUAAUUCAGCACUCGUGUAUACAUCUUACUUGAUCUUGCAUAAAUUCUAUCAACUGAGGGCGAAUGCGGUUGCAAAAACAGAAAAAGACAAAAUUAUGAGAAAUGCAAAAAUGUAAUCUAACUUAAACCUUGACUAAUAUGUAGCCUAUCUAAACUGAUAUUACCUCAAUCCACUUUAACCUUUACUCUCACAUGGCUCCUACCUUUGUGAGUUCUGGCAGUCUGCAGACUGAACUUUGACCAGUGGAUGUAAAAGUUACAGUGUGCAAACUGAUAUGGAAUAGUAUCCACGCUUACUCAUUCACUACCUGGAGCUCAAGCCGAACCGGUGUGUUUUCAUAUUACAAGAAGGAGGAAAUGUCCGCCAUUUCCAGUUUCAUUUCUAUAAGCCUGACAGUGCUUUGCUUGCUGGUGCUCAGUCUCACAAUCUGUAGUGGCAGCAAGAUUCUAGUAGUGCCUGUUGAUGGCAGCCACUGGAUCAACAUGGAGGUCAUCCUCCAAGAGCUACACUCCAGGGGCCACGACAUCACAGUACUACGCUCUGCAAAGAGCUGGUACAUCCCCAGUAACUCUUCCAUUUAUACUUCCAUUGAUGUGCUGAUGCUGGAGGAUGAGACCGACAUUACAUACUACAACAAAAUGCUGCUCGAUGUUAUAGAGUGUCGCAAGUACCCCACAUUCAUAAGCACCUUCUGCCAACAGCACUUGAUAACCUCCUUGCUUGACAAAGGCCAUGAUGUCCUGGCCAGAGCAGCUGCUUCAAUGUUAGAUGACCCAGUUUUUAUGAAGAAGUUACAGGAUGCUAAGUUUGAUUUAAUGCUAACAGACCCUGCUUUGACUAUAGGGGUUCUGCUUGGUCAGUACCUCAAGCUGCCAAUGGUUUUCAAUGUGCGCUGGAUUAAUUCUGGAGAAGGCCAUUUAACUAUAGCCCCCUCUCCUGUCUCCUACGUCCCUGUGUCAGGAAGUGAACUUCAUGAUCAGAUGGAUUUUAAGGAAAGAGUCAUGAAUAUGUUACAUUUUCUCCGUAGUGUUGUAGAGCAAUACUUCAUCAUCAACCCUCCCUACUCAGAUCUGCUUCAGCGGCACUUCCCACCUGGAACUGACUUGGUGUCUUUGCAGCAUGGAGCUGAUAUCUGGCUGCUGAGGGCAGAUUUUGUCUUUGAGUUCCCUCGGCCCACUAUGCCUAACGUGGUGUAUAUAGGAGGGUUCCAGUGCAAAGAGGCCAAACCCCUCCCUGCUGAUCUGGAAGCAUUCAUGCAGAGCUCUGGCGAGCAUGGGGUGGUGGUCAUGUCUCUGGGGACGAUUGUGUCAGCCCUGUCACGAGAAGUCACAGAGGCCAUCGCUGCUGCUUUCGCUCAACUCCCUCAGAAGGUGAUUUGGCGAUUUGUGGGUGAAAAACCUUCAUUUGUGGGAAACAACACCCUGCUGGUGAAGUGGUUACCUCAGAAGGACCUCCUGGGACACCCCAAGACUCGUGCCUUUGUAGCUCAUGGAGGCACCAAUGGCAUGUAUGAGGCCAUCUACCACGGCGUUCCUGUUGUGGGCCUUCCUCUCCUCUUUGAUCAGUUCGACAACCUGCUCCGACUGAAGGUGCGCGGUGCAGCUCGGGUGGUGGAGGCCAGAUCACUGACCAAAGAGAGCUUCCUGGAGGCUCUGACGGACGUCAUUGAGACUCCGUCUUACCGUGAAAACAUACGACGUCUCUCCAAACUACACCGCGACAAGCCCAUGUCUCCUAUGGACACGGCCAUCUUUUGGAUUGAGUAUGUCAUCAGAAACAAAGGAGCAGCCCAUCUGAAGUCUGCAGGUUCCAAUUUGCCUUGGUAUUCCUACUUCUGUCUGGAUGUGGCUGCUUUUAUUGUGGCCAUGACUGGAACCUUCAUCUGGGCUAUAUUCUUUACGUGUAGGAUUCUCUGCUGUCGGAGAUCCAGAAGAAAGACGAAAGCAGAGUAACUGAUCCAAACAUAACUCAGCCUUAUUGAGUGCUCAGUGUGCUUCUGAGCAAAAAUCCACUGAAGCAUUCACAAGCAAAAGGUACUUAUCAGAGAUUAAUACUAAUUUACAGUCACUACUGCCUCAUGCCAGGACUUUUCCUGGAACAUAACAGUGUCCAUGUGUAAAUUCUUGUGAAAUUUUAAUUAAGAAAUAAACAAUGAGACAACAGAAAUGCUUUUGCUCAAAAUGAAGAAGACAUAGCUAGAAGUGAGUAUUUGCCGUAACCCCAGGAUCUGUCAGUUCUGUAAGGUAUACUUUCAUUUGUCUAAAUGCUUCAUGUUUUGAUUCUAAAUAACUGUCUUCAAAUUUUAAACAUGCCCAACUUUUGACUUUUUUCGUGGUGGGACAAUUUAGCAAUGAGACUACCAGUAUUUGCAGAACUCUGUAUUGUGUCAGUGUUCCCUGAUGGAGUAAUAAUACCCAAGUAGCUUAAAUGCAUGGGGUCAGUGCAGGUAAAGCUUAGAUGGCAGUGACUUCAUCUCCAUCUUUCUAUGUGCAUACAAUUUGCACAAAUCACUACAUGACAAGAUUAAAUUCUGAUUGUAACAGAGAACUUCCUGCAGUCUGCAGCAGGAACAACUUAUCAUGCUGCCUCUGUUCUGGGACCUUUUCCAGGGACACUUCCCCUGUAGCUGAUUUGCUGUCUAAGCAGCAUACAGCUGAUAGCAAUCUCAUGCCCAGCAACGACUCCGUUGGACCAUAAAGACCUUUAUACAGAGCUCUGUAGUGGUAGUUGAGUCACAGGGGAGUUUAUAAUUUGUUAAUAACUCUCUUGGAUUAUUUAAUAAAUCAGAGAUUUCUGACAUUUAAAGGAAACUAAGUAAAUGAUUAGACCCUCCUCCCUUUGAAACCAUGUGGUAAAAAUACUGACUAACACCUAUUGUCUCAAUAUACCCAUUCUUCACUCAAACAAUUUCAAUUGUGUAAGAUUUUUUCCUCUCUGUGGUGCCUGAGAAAAAUUCACCGUGGUUAAAUUUAACAUGUCUACAAACGUGGUUAAUUAAAUCCAUUUUGUGAAGGAAAA